UAUAAUUUUAGUUUGUAGGACAGAAUCAAGAAUUCACAAAAAUGAUGGCAAAGUUGCAGUAUGUUUUCAUAGUACAACUCAUGAUUAAAGCCCUUCCAAAAAUAAAUGAAGUUUUCAGACCCUGUCCAUAUUCCAGUAGUGCUUCCGUCCCUGUGGCUGACAUCACUGGUGCAGCAGUGCAGUUUUUCAGUGCAGCAGCAAAUGCAUUGUAGGCCGUCCUGCCCGUACACACCCUCCCCCUCCGGCACGUCUGCCCUUCUCAUUCACGCUCACUGUCUCUGAUACGAGCAUGGAUGAGGCAGCGGUGGAGCCGACCCUCGUGCAAACGCUUGCUGUGAGCGCUGUUAAAGGUGGCCGAUAUCUGUGUCUGUCUCCCUCCUUCCAGCGCUGCUCGCUCGCCUCCUGGAUUAAAGAGAACAUCAAGAAGAAAGAGUGCUGCUUCUAUGUGGAGGAUGCCAGGGAGGGGAUUUGUAAGUGUGGUUACCCAAAGAUCCAGCACUGCGAUGAGGCCAUCAAACCGGAGGACUAUGUUGGGGAGCAGUGGGACAAACACAGGCACGUCAGAGAGGUGCCCACCGAUGCUUUCGGAGAUAUCAGCUUCGGGGGGAUUGGACAGAAAACCGGCAAGUAUGUUCGGGUGUCGUCAGACACAUCCUGUGAGAGUCUGUACCAGCUGAUGACAGAACAAUGGAACCUGCGUUCACCGAACCUACUGAUUUCAGUGACCGGCGGAGCCAAAAACUUCUAUAUUAAGAAUCACCUGAAGGACAAGUUCCGUCGGGGCCUCAUUAAAGUGGCCCAGACCACAGGUGCGUGGAUCCUGACAGGAGGCACACACGCAGGUGUGAUGAAGCACGUGGGCAUGGCCGUGCGAGAUUACACGCUCAGCAGCGGGUCGAUGGAGGGACAGAUCGUCGUCAUCGGUGUGGCACCCUGGGGUGUCAUUCACAACAGCCACACACUGAUACACCCUGAGGGCUGUUUCCCUGCGUAUUACUCUCUGGAUGAGCAGGGCCAGGGGCGUCUCUCCUGUCUCGAUAUCAAUCAUACUCACUUCCUGCUGGUGGACGAUGGCACUCAUGGACAUUAUGGAGUUGAAAUUGAGCUGCGGGCCCGUCUGGAGAGACUUAUCUCACAACGAUCACUGGGAAACAGAGAGAGUGGCGUGAAGAUACCGGUGGUCUGUGUGGUUUUGGAUGGUGGUCCAGGAACUCUAAAUACCAUCUACAAUUCAAUGCUAAACAACACGCCGUGUGUCGUGCUGGAGGGAUCUGGACGCCUGGCGGACGUCAUUGCUCAGGUGGCGGCCCUGCCGGUGUCAAAGGUCACUCUGGUCCUUAUCAGCCAGCUCUUGAAGAGGUUUUUUGUACAAGAGUACAAAAACUUUACUGAGCUGCAGGUCAUUGAGUGGACCAAGAAGAUUCAGGACAUUAUCCGGAUGCCUCAUUUGCUGACUGUGUUUCGUAUUGACGAGGAUAAAAACUAUGAUGUUGACGUCGCCAUUCUACAGGCUCUGCUGAAAGCCUCCAGAAGUGAUGAACAUGCUGGCCGACAGUCCUGGGAGAGACAGCUGGAGCUCGCCGUGGCCUGGAACCGGGUCGACAUCGCAGAGAGUGAGAUCUUCACCGAGGAGAGCCAAUGGACGUCCUGUGAUCUGCAUCCGGCCAUGUUUUCUGCACUGGUGGGUGACAAACCUGAGUUUGUGCGGCUGUUGCUGGAGAAUGGAGUGUGUGUGCGGAAGUUUCUGGAACAUGAGGACACGCUCUGUAAGCUCUACGCCCACCUACCCACCUGCUUCUUCCUGCGCAAGCUUGCAAAACGGGUCCAGGGUGGCAAAACCCGCAGGGGUCAAGCGCCGACCUCUGGAAGCGGAAAGAUUUCCUUGAGUCACGUGUCUGAAGAAGUGCGCCACCUGCUGGGAAGUUUUACUCAACCUUUAUACGUCGCUUCACGCUACAAGUCAACCAAAGAUGAUGUCCGUUUAACGGUGCCGUCCAAAGGGCCGGUGGAGCUGCCGUGUUUGGGUGAAGAGCCGACCACAGACACGGUUUGGGACCCGGGACGGGAUCUCUUCCUCUGGGCUGUUGUACAGAAUAACAGAGAACUGGCAGAGAUCGGCUGGGAGCAGUGCAGAGACUGUAUCGCAGCCGCUCUGGCAGCCAGUAAGAUCUUGAGGAAGCUGGCGCAGGAGAGCGGCGAGGAUGAUAGCGAAGAGGCAAAGGAAAUGAGAGAACUUGCCAAUCACUACGAGAAACAAGCCAUCGGUGUCUUCAGCGAGUGUCACAGCUGGAACGCGCAGCGAGCGCAGAAACUGCUGAUCCGCAUCUCGCCGUCGUGGGGCAGAAGCACCUGUCUGUGGCUCGCUCUAGAGGCCGACGAUAAAAGCUUCAUCGCUCACUCAGGAGUCCAGGCCCUGCUUACUCAGAUCUGGUGUGGAGAGCUGUCAGUGGAGAAUCCACACUGGAAAAUUCUUCUCUGCAUGAUCUUCUUUCCUCUGAUAUACACCGGCUUCCUGUCUUUCAGACGUGAUGAAGACAUCCAGAGACAGGCGGAGAGGACGGAGCAGCAGAAGCUGGCAAUGGAUUCAGUCUUUGCUGGAAACUCAGAUGCCAAAAUCAAACGCCAUUUUCGUGGCCCGUCACAGAAGUCUGAGCUGAAGCCUCUGAACUGUUCGUCACGUCUGAUGAGUCUGUUCAUGUCCCCUCAAGUGAAGUUUUACUGGAACAUCGCUUCAUAUUUUGGUUUCCUGUGGCUCUUUGCUGUGGUGCUCAUGAUCGACUUUCAGGCCUUUCCGUCAUGGAGAGAACUUCUGCUCUAUGUGUGGCUCACCUCGCUGGUGUGUGAGGAGGUUAGACAGCUCUAUCAUGACUUCGAUGGGUCUGGCUUUCGGAGAAAAGCAAAGAUGUAUAUCAGGGAUCUGUGGAACAUUCUGGAUGUGCUGUCAAUCAUGUUGUUCAUUGCUGGUCUCAUCUGCAGACUUCAGGCCUCCGGCACUGUGUUCUACGUGGGUAAAGUUCUACUCUGCAUCGACUUCAUCAUAUUCUGUCUACGAUUAAUGGCCAUCUUCACUAUCAGUCGAAACCUGGGCCCGAAAAUAAUCAUUGUCAGGAGAAUGAUGAUGGACUUGUUCUUCUUCAUGUUUCUGCUCAGUAUCUGGGUUGUGGCGUACGGCGUGGCGAAACAGGGCAUUUUGAUUCAAAAUGAAGAGAGACUGAAUUGGAUCAUCCGUGGAGCUGUCUAUGAGCCCUACCUCAUCAUAUUUGGCAACGUCCCGACUAAUAUUGACAACACUCAGUUUGAUAUAAGCAGCUGUAGUGUGAACGGCUCCGAUCCUCUGAAGCCGAAAUGCCCCAUGUUGAACGACGAUGACAUGCCGAUGUUCCCAGAAUGGCUAACCAUCAUCAUGCUGUGUAUAUAUCUGCUGUUCGCCAACAUUUUGCUGCUCAACCUCCUCAUUGCCAUCUUUAACUACACGUUCCAGGAGGUUCAAGACAACACGGACACCAUCUGGAAGUUCCAGCGGUACGAGCUAAUUAAGGAGUACCACAGUCGACCUGCUCUUCCUCCACCCUUCAUUCUCCUCAGUCACCUCAUCCUCUUCAUCAGAGGAGUGUUUCUGCGCUACCCUCCACAGAAACACAAACACUUCAGGCAGGAACUAGAGCAGACUGAGGAAGAGGAGCUGUUGUCAUGGGAGGCCUACAUGAAGGACAACUAUCUGGCAUCUACACGACAGGACGAGAGCCAGAGCGUGGAGCAUCGUAUCCAGGACACCGCAGAGAAGGUUGGAGCGAUGUCAGAACUUCUAGAGCGGGAGCAGGAGAUGGUUUCUGCCACUAUGGCAAAACGACUCACCAAGCUUGAAGAGCAGGUCUCAGAGUCCGCCAAAGCUUUACGAUGGAUUAUAGAUGCGCUGAAAUCUCAGGGAUGCAAAUCCAAAAUGCAGCCUCCUCUAAUGACAGGUAAAAGCUUUGACAGGGAUGAUGGUGAUUCUAGUGGACAGGAGACAGAUGAAGAACCGGCCCCUCACAUGUUUGCACGUCAGCUUCAGUAUCCCGGCAGUACCGUCAAACGCUUUCCUGUGCCUGAGGAGAAGGUGUCUUGGGAGGUAAACUUCGCUCCGUAUCUUCCCCCAAUUUACAAUCAACAGGACAGCAGCAACUCUGACACUUCAGUCUUAGACAAGUACAGGAAUCCAGAAGGAAGGACUGGGAUACGGGGAAAAGGCGCUCUGAAACGACUCGGUCCCAAUCACAUUCUCCACCCAAUCUUCACCAGGUGGCGUGAUGCUGAACACACAGUGCUGGAGUUUCUCUCCGUUUGUGAGGACGCAGAGAAGCCCGGGGCUCUUCCUGGGGGCCCAGCCAAACCUGAUGAGCCUCUCCCACAGACACUGGAGAGGAUUCUGGGUAAAAAGUUAAAUGACAAGACCAGGUCUCAACUAGAGGCUGGGGAACAGGUCUAUAAGGGUUAUGUAGAUGACAGCAGGAACACUGAUAAUGCCUGGGUGGAGACCACCAUCAUCACACUUCACUGUGACAAACACACUCCGCUGAUGGCAGAUCUAAACAACAUAGUUGAGAGCUCGCCGUCAUCUCAUCAGCCGCUCAAGUGGCGGGAAGUGAGCAGCACUGUGUGUGUGUGUCCAUACCAGCAAGAGGCUCUACGUCAAGUAGCAGAGCGUCACAACACACACUUUUGACCCUCAGGAAAACACACACACACACAUGCUAUACCAAAAAUGAUGAGUGCAAACACACUGUGUCUUUAAAGGUGUGUUAUUUCUGUGCCACUAACACCACCAAACAGAACUGCAUGAAUAAUGACUGUUUUCAAACAGGUUUUGCAUUUCAUUUGAUGCCAUUAAUGGUGCCUUUAACACAGAAAUCCAGAUAAUUUGCUCACAUUCAUGCAGAUUUCUGUACGAUCCAUAAGCCAUACAGUUCACUUCACACAAUAUGGUAUGUUGAAUGUGUUUUAUAAUGCAUUAUUGUAUUUAUUAGUAAUUUUGGACAUAUGUUUUCGGUUUCUUGGGUCAAUAUGAAUUUGAAUGUGGUUGUUGAGCAUUUUAAAAUAUAAAUGCAGGUACCAAAAAUCAAAUGUUUAGCUUGAAUAGAUAUAUGCAUAAACAUAUAUACUUUAGUGUAGCUGCAGAGUGAAGUUGAGGACUUUUAUUUUGCAAUAAUGACUGGUCAGCUGUACAUUAUCUUGCUUAUUACACAGCUAUUUAAAUAAUAAAUGUAUUCACAUUAAAUAUUAAAGCAAUAACCUUCAAAUUAAACUUAUUUAUUUUAAUUUGUGAAAAGAAAAAGUGGUACAAGGAAUUGAACCAAUGGAUGGUGUAAAAUAAUGUAAUGGAUAAUCUGUAAAUAUGUAUGCAAAUGAAACAAAUCAAUGCAAAUGCCAUUGAUACAUGUACAGUACAUGGUCAGAUGGAGGAUUAGGCAGGGUGGGAUGAGUUUGAUUAUAUUAUUUCACAUAAAACAUUCGCCUGCAUUUUUACAAGCAAUUAUGAAAUGCCUUAAAUAUUCGAAAUGCAAAGCAAACAAUGAAGUGUCCUCAGUAUAAGUUUUAGUUAGUGUUACUCAGGUUUGUGAACUAAAUAUCUGCACUGUUAAAGCUAUUAAGACAGGACAACUGAAUAUAAAAUACUGAAAGCAAAUUAUGUGAUGAUGAAUGAUGAAUAACAUGCAUAAUGGCAUAUGCAACAAUAAAUCUGUGUGACUUUA